UCUCUGCCACUGGUUCAGACCAUAAAGAGUUCAUAUCGCAGGCGUGUCCGGCCACGCCCACAGGCGCAGCUGACACGGCACCGUGGAGUCUCCAGGUGACAGCCCGACCUGUGAGCAGCACCGAGCUGUCACACUCCAGCUGUGACAGCUGCAGGAAGUUUACUGCGCAUGUGCGGUGUGUCCGGGAGCCGCUGAGAGGAUUUUACACCGAGCCGGACUCGCAGGGCUGACUCCGUGGAUCCGCUGAAACUCUGAAAGAACAACAGGAAAACACGUCCACCGUGACUCAUGCCGGCUGUGGCACCAACACGACACCUACCGGAGGACUGAAGGGGCAGGGCUGCCCUGCUGCUGUGCUUCAUGGAGCGUUCGUCGGAGCAGAGAGGCAGACGUGAGCGUCUGCAGGAACAGCGAGCUCCACCACAGAGACUCUGAUGAUGGACCUGUGAUGUCUCACCUGUGAUCAUGCAGACACACAGAAACAGGAGAGGACGUUUAGAGCACUUCCUGUACUGUAAGCACUCCAGGCUGAAUCAUCUGAAACAGGAAGUUCAAAGGUAUGGGCUGAAGAACCAGUACGUCUUCAGGGAAGACAUCCCUCCGUACCCCCGACCCGAGUUCCACGUGAACCGUGUCAAACACGACACGGAGCGACGGAGCUUAUGUUGCAUCAGGGUGGACGAGGGCUUCAGGGAUCCUCACAGUCGGGUCCUGGUGUGGUGGAGUCUGGCUGUGGGACCCGAGGAGAUCCAGGAGGCCGAGACGAGGCUGCUAGAGGAGACCUACCCAAACCGGACGGAGGAGCAGGCCGCGAGGCAGCGGAGCUUCCUGUGGAGGUUCGCCUCCUCUCCGGCCUUCAGCGAGAAGUCCAGGCUGGGCUCGUACCGCUUCACCUUCCCCCUGCAGGAGGUGCUGACCGCCUACAGCGAGCAGUUUUGCUCCGGAGCUUCGCCCAUAAUGAGGGUGUUCAAGACCUCGCUGUUCAAACAGGAAGUGCAGUACUCUGUGCUGGUCCACAGCCCGGCCAAUCAGCUGUUCUUCUCAAGGUUUCCUUUACUCCCUGAUGAUGACCCGGACGCCGUCUGCGCUUACAGAGACGGACGCUUCAUCUGGAGACCAGAGGCCAUGUGUGAGACACACAGUUAUGAGUUGAUCUGUAGACCUGAUGGAAACCAGAUGGACGCUCAGGAACUACCUGCACGACCUCCAUAUUACGUCUGGGAUCACGUCGCCAUCGCCCUGCAUGUGGCAAACGGACAGGUGCUGACGUUUAACGCUGACCGCCUGAGACAGAACCUCAGGUUCUGUUGGCCGGACAAAGUAACAGCCAGAAACGACGAGGAGGAGUUCGAUGAUUUCGAAGAUGCUACAAACUUGGUUAAAUGCCUGUGGCCAGGCUGGCGCCUCCCCCUGGAGGAGGAGCGCUCGCUCCUGCAGCGUUACACAGUGUCCGACAUCAGACUGGUUCUUGUUGGGAGGCCUGGAGUGGGUAAAAGCUCCACUGGGAACGCCAUCCUAGGAAGGCUUGCCUUCAGUCCAGGCGGUCCAUCCUCAGGGACGUCAUCGUGCUGCUGGCAGAGCGAGUGGGUGUUCGGCCACCAGGUGACCGUAGCCGACACUCCCGGUCUCUCAGAAACAUCAGAUGACGCCGUGAAGAGGGACAUCUCCACAUGUGUCAACAUGCUGAGGCCCCACGCUGUCCUGCUGGUCAUCAGGGUGGGGUCCUCCACCAUGGAGGAUCUAGCCGCCGUGAGGCAGGUGGAGGAGGUCUUUGGGAUGGACGUGUGGAGGUACACCAGGAUCCUCUGCACCUAUGCUAACCCAGCAGCUCCAGACAUCCAAAGGCAGCAGCGAGCGACGGGACCUGAGCUGCUUUUCAGAGUGGGCUACAGGUACCACGUCCUCAACAACAACCCGGACCACUGGGACGGUCAGCAGGUCUACGAUCUGGUGCAGGCCGUGGCGAGGAUGGUCAUGGCUAAAGGAGGGGAGGUCUACUCCAUCAGGAACACCGUCUGAGUGCUGGGUGAUGUUUUAAUGUUGUUUACACUGUUUACCCUCAGGUGAUGGAGUGUGGCGUACGAUAAAUGCACCAGAACACCCAGCACAGCGACACCUGCUGGCCUCAGUGAGGAGGUCACCUCCCAGUUUAGCUUCCAUGAUACAUCAUGGGAAGUCCCCCCCAUCCUGAUGUCAGCAGGUUUGGAAAUGCAGUUUGUUUGUAGCCGACUGCGAAUGUUUAAACUGUGAAUAUUUUGUGCAACGAUCCAAAAGCCUUUUAAAAAAUCCCAACAGUGCUGAUCUCACGAAGAUCAUUCAAGACACACGUGUGUCUGUGAGGGUUUGAAAAUGACAGGAAGCCAAUACAGGAGAAAUCUGCUCUCUCUUUCUAGUCCCUGUCAGGACUCUUGCUGCAGCAUUUUGGAUUAACUGAAGGCUUUCAGGGAGUUUUCAGGGAGUCUUUAGGACUUCCUGAUAAUAAUGAAUUACAGUGGUCGGCUGGUUAAACUCAAGAUCUCUUUAGCGCACCAUCCCACUACCGUCAAAGGAAUACAGAGAUUAUUUCCUGGAGUUUUUGUGCACCGACGUUUCCUGGACCCCGUGGAUUCCUGCCUCAUCCCCGUGGUCUGCCAGGAUGACGCGCCGCUCCUCCGUGACCCCUGUCCUCCUCGGCUCAACGUGCGCCGGGCGAACCUCCGCAAUCUGAGGCCGCUGUGUCGGACUCCCUGUGCCGCUGGGGCUUAUACCUCAUCCCCGGCUCCUGUCAGGAUUGGGCUGGUAAACGCCAGAUCGCUGGUGAACAAAUCUUUUAUUCUGAAUGAGUCAUUCAUCUCCUGGAAACUAGACUUCAUGUGUGUCACGGAGACUUGGCUUAAUACUGGUGAGUCCAGUACUUUAUCUGAACUUUUACCAGCGGGUUGUUCCUAUUUUAACACACCAAGGACAUCAGGGAGAGGAGGAGGUACGGCGGUUGUUUUUAAAAAGGAUUUUAAAUGUAAACAGUGUGUUUUACAGCCCUCGUUUUCCAGCUUUGAGCUCACGUGUUUUGAAGUUAAUCGCUCUAACUCUGUGCUCUUUGCUGUUAUUUAUCGUCCCCCUAAAUACAAUAAGAAUUUCAUAAAUGACUUUUCAGAAUUUCUAGCUGGGAUUAUGCCCAACUACGAUCAUGUUCUUAUUGUGGGAGAUUUUAAUAUCCAUGUCUGCUGCCCUGACAAACCUCUGGUGAAGGAAUUUUUAAGUCUCAUUGACUCUUUUAAUCUGGUCCAGUCCGUACCUGGUCCCACACAUGAACAUGGACACACACUAGACCUGGUCUUGUCACACAGUCUACCUGUGUCUAACGUGGAAGUGACUGACACUGCUUUCUCUGACCAUAUGGCUGUAUUAUUUGAUGCUGUGUUUUCACGCACUACAGUUCAAACCAGCGCUCCUAUUCGCCGCUGUCGGAUUAUUAACCCUUCCACUGCUGCCCAGUUCUCAACUGCUUUUGACCAGCUUUCUAUCCCCGCCGAUCGUACUCCCUUGGACACAGAGAACCUCAGCUCCUGGUUUCAAUAUUCUUGCCUUACUAUCCUGGACUCUGUGGCACCAUUAAAAACCAGGAAGCCCAAGGCUAAAACUGACCCUUGGUUUAAUGACGCCACUCGGGCUGUGAAGAGGGAGUGUCGUAGAGCUGAACGCAGAUGGAAGAGGGACAAACUGCAGGUGUCUCUUCAAAUCCUAAAGGACUGCUGGCGCCUCUAUCAGGAUACAGUCAAAGAGGCUAAAAGAAAAUAUUUCUCUAAGAUCAUUUCCUCCAACAGUCACAAUCCACGUGUGUUAUUUAAAUCUAUUGACUCAGUCUUAAAUGCUCCACAAAGUGGCUGUUUGGAGGCCUCUCAUAAACUGUCAAAUGAUUUUAUGUGUUUUUUCAUUGAGAAGGUUGCAACCACGCGGGCUCUCAUUUCUUCCCCUGAGUCUGACCCCUCUGUUUCGAUCCCUUGCUCUGCUGUUUUUAACCAGUUUGAGCCUGUGUCUCUUUCUUAUUUAGAGGAUGUGGUCGGCCAUCUGAGGCCCUCUGGUUCCCCAAAUGAUCCUGUCCCACCACAAUUUUUUAAGGAGAUUUUUCCUAGCAUAGGUCAGGCUGUUCUUACUGUUAUAAACAGCAGUUUAAUAUCUGGUGUAGUCCCUGCUAAUUUUAAGCAUGCGGUAGUACAACCCUUGCUUAAGAAACCUGCCCUGGACCACACUGUAUUGGCUAACUACAGACCUAUCUCCAAGUUGUCCUUUAUGUCUAAAAUCUUAGAGAAAAUUGUACAUUGCCAAUUGAUGGAUUUUUUAAAUGAGAAUGGUAUCCUGGAGGUCUUUCAAUCAGGUUUUAAAAACUUUCAUAGCACGGAGUCAGCACUCUUAAAGGUUUUUAAUGAUAUCCUCCUUACCUGUGACUCUGGUAAUCAUGUUGUUCUUGUCCUCCUUGACCUAACAGCUGCCUUUGACACUGUAGACCACAACAUUUUACUGUCUCGCUUGCACCAUCUUGCAGGCAUUCGUGGUACUGCUUUGAAAUGGUUUAGGUCUUAUCUUUGUGACAGAACUUUUAGUGUUAACUUUUUAGGGUAUGAGUCUUCCUCUGCCACUUUUCAGUCUGGGGUCCCGCAGGGCUCAAUUUUAGGGCCUCUGCUUUUUUCAUUAUACUUACAGCCCCUGGGAACCAUCCUCAGAAGGCAUGGAAUAUCCUUCCACUGCUAUGCUGACGACUGUCAGAUUUAUUUGCCUCUGAAGCAGAAAGAGGCCUUCUCUAUUAAGCCACUUCUAGCAUGUCUAGAAGACAUUAAAUCUUGGAUGUCCCUAAACUUUCUAAGGUGUAAUUCAAGCAAAACUGAGGUGAUUCUGUUUGGUCCUAGUGGACCUUGUGAACCCUCUGCUAUUGAUUUGGGACCCCUGGCAGAGUAUUUUAAAUCUGUUGUUACAAACCUGGGUUUUAAGAUGGACAGUGAUUUUAAAUUAGACAGUCAAAUUAGGGCUACUGUCAAGUCCAGUUUUUACCAUUUAAGGCGCUUGGCAAAGAUAAGACCUGUUUUAUCCAGGCAGCAUCUUGAAACGGUAAUCCAUGCUUUUAUUUCAUGUCGUCUAGAUUACUGUAAUGCUCUGUAUUGUGGAGUUAGUCAGCAUCUUCUCUCUCGUCUGCAGCUGGUCCAGAAUUCUGCUGCACGACUUUUAACCAAAACUCGUAAAAGAGAGCACAUAACUCCCAUCCUGGCUUCACUCCAUUGGCUGCCUGUAUAUCUUAGAGUUCAUUUUAAAAUUCUCAUGUUUGUGUUUAAAUGUUUAAACGGUCUUGCCCCAACUUACCUCUCUGAGCUUCUCCAUCCUUACUCACCCCCCAGGUCUCUCAGGUCAGCUGACAAGCUGCUCCUGGAGGUACCCAGGUCCAAGAGGAAGCUCAGAGGGGACAGGGCCUUCUCUAUUGCUGCUCCUAAUCUGUGGAACAGUCUGCCCCAGCACAUUAGAGAGGCCCCUUCACUGUCCACUUUUAAAACACAUCUUAAAACCCAUUUUUAUUCCUUGGCAUAUGACACAGUCUGACCCAAUUUUAUUGAUUUUAUUGUUUUGAUCUAAUGUGCUGAUUUUAUUGUUUUAAAUGUAAUUCUCAUCAUCAUUUUUUAUACUAUUUUAUUAUUGUCUUUGCUAUUUGUGCUAAUUUUAUUUAUUUUAA